AUGAAAGAAACUGCACUUACGAAGUCCCUGGGCAAGCAGGACAGCCUGGUCUGGGAGGAAGAAGAGGGAAGAGCUACUCUGAUCUUGACCUUCACCCUCUGGAAUGAGAAAAAGGCUGGGUUCUCCAAGGCAGCUAAAAUCUUUGAGGCUUUUGAAACCAAAAUUCAUCACCUUGAAAGCAGACAGGCCAAAAAGUCCAAAAAUACAGUUGAUGAUCUUGAAUUUUUUGUCAAAUGUGAAGUUCAUAAUUCGGAUGCCAGUGCUCUUAUAAACUCCUUAAAGAGAGUGGCAGAGGAUGUGAAAGCUCACAGAGAAGACAAAGUCCCAUGGUUUCCAAAGAAGGUACGAGACCUGGACAAGUGCCAUCAUUUGAUCACCAAGUAUGAACCUGAUUUGGAUCAUGGCCAUCCUGGAUACACGGACCCAGAAUACAGGAAACGGAGGGCCUUCUUUACAGACCUUUCCUUCAGCUACAGAGAGGGAGACCCUUUGCCUCGAGUUGAAUACUCUGCACAAGAAACUGCUACUUGGAGAGAAGUCUACAGAAAUGACUGCUGCCAUGAGUUGUUGGGUCAUGUUCCCAUGUUAGCUGACAAAGAAUUUGCCCAGUUCUCUCAGGAUAUUGGACUGGCUUCUCUUGGGUCAUUGGAUGCUGAUAUUGAAAAACUGUCAACACUCUAUUGGUUUACUAUUGAGUUUGGGCUCUGCAAACAAAAUGGAUCCAUCAAAGCUUAUGGGGCAGGACUCCUUUCAUCUUAUGGGGAGCUUAAAUAUGCUUUAUCAAACAAGCCUGAGUACAAGCCAUUUGAUCCAGAAGUGACUGCAGUUCACCCAUAUCAGGAUCAGACCUUCCAGCCUGUCUACUUCAUAGCAGAAAAUUUUGAAGAUGCCAAAGCCAAACUCCAAAGCUAUGCUUUGAAAAUCCAGAAGCCUUUUACUCUUCGCUAUGAUCCAUUCACCUGCAGCAUAGAGGUUCUGAAUACACUCCAGAAAGUCAAGACCACACUCAAACAAAUGAAAGAGGACUUGAAAAAUCUCUGCUUUGCUCUUGAAAAUAUUUCUUAAAAUUUUGUUAGCCAGUCUGAGCCAGUGCCAACAUGUCUGUGGAUAAUUCUAGAACUUACUGACUUAGUGGUGAAAAUGCAGCUGUAGGUAGAUUCCUAAUCCAUGAGUAACACAGUCAAGCUUGUGUCUUCUAAGCAAUUUAUGCCAUUCGGUCUUAGCCACAUUAAUAACUAGUUCUAAUAUGUUU